ACCGGGCCUAAUCCAAAUGGCCACUCGUAAUACUGGCUUAAUUACUCAUCAAUGCGUUGCAAACUUGACUAGAGUACAGUAUCAUGUGUGUGGGGCCCACGCGAGGCGGCCGGGUCCCCCGUGUCAGGAAGGGUGAGGAAGCGACAACGCGUCCUGGGCCGUCGGAUCCGCACCGGCGCGCGGAUUAAUGCGGCGGGGCCCGGUACAGGUCACCACGGGUCCCCACCACGACCCGGUUGGGGCGGUGGCCCCGGGCCACAUCGACCGCACAAGGGACCCCACCGCCAAGUGAGACCACCCCCACCACUUGAUAAAUCCAACUCACCCCAUUCGCAGCAGCGAAGCGAAGCGAGUGAACACACACCUCUCCCCCCACCCUUUCCCGCAACACGCGAAAAGAGAGGCGAGGCGGAAACAAGCCCGGGCUUUUCCGUCUCGUCUCGUCUCCCUCCCAAACCGAACCAAUCCAAUCUCUUCUCAUCCAUCCCCAUGGAGGCGCAGGCGCAGGACAAGGCGGAGGAGGGGGAGGAGGAGGGCACGCGGCAGCAACACGCGCAGGCUGGGCCGGUCGGUGCGGCUGGUGGUGGUGGUGGGGGGGGCGCGGCGGCUGUGGCGAUGAGCGCCAUCCCCAUGAACAGCUGGCUCGUGCCCAAGCCCGAACCGGUGGAGUUCUUCGGCGGGAUGGCCAUGGUGCGCAAGCCGCCGCCGAGGAACCGGGACCGGCACACCAAGGUGGAGGGGCGCGGGAGGCGGAUCCGCAUGCCGGCGGCGUGCGCGGCCAGGAUCUUCCAGCUCACGCGGGAGCUAGGGCACAAGUCCGACGGCGAGACCAUCCGGUGGUUGCUGCAGCAGUCGGAGCCGGCAAUCAUCGCGGCCACCGGAACCGGCACCGUCCCGGCGAUCGCGACCACCGUCGAUGGCGUGCUCCGCAUCCCCACCCAGUCGUCGUCGUCCUCUGGCCCGGCGUCCUCCGCGGUGGUCGACGGUGAGGAGUCCUCGGCCAAGCGACGCCGCAAGCUGCAGCCCACGCGCGCGGUGGCUGGCGCGUCUCCGCUGGCCACGGCGGCGCCCGCGGCGUACUACCCGGUCAUCGCUGACCCUCUCCUGCAAGGUAGCGGCGGCGCGGCGAUUUCAGUCCCGAGCGGCCUCGCUCCCAUCACCGCCACCGGCGCUCCCCAAGGCCUCGUGCCCGUCUUCGCCGUCCCGGCCACUGGCAGCCCCGCGGUCGCCGGCGGCAACCGCAUGAUCCCGCAAGCCACCGCCGUAUGGAUGGUCCCGCAGCCCGCAGGCGCCGCGGGCGCGGGCAACCAACCCACGCAAUUCUGGGCCAUCCAAUCCGCGCCCCAGCUCGUGAACUUCGCCGGCGCGCAGUUCCCGACGGCGAUUAACGUCGCCGACUUCCAGCAGCAGCAACAACAGCAGCCGGUGUCAACAACCAUCGUCCAGAACAGCAACUCGGGCGAGCACAUGCACUUCUCCGGCGCCGACUCCCACGAGCAGCAGCGGCGCGGGCGGAAGGAAGGCAACAGCGGCGGCGUGGUGGACCACCCGGAGGAGGACGAAGACGACGACGACGACGAGCCGGUCUCCGACUCCAGCCCGGAAGAGUAGCAAACACACACAGCACAACACAAAAAAAGCAAGCGAGGCGAGCACUCCACUGCACGCCAAAAAGUCCACAAGUCCCCCCCACACACAAAGCUUAGGUUCCUUUUUGCUCCGAUUCAAUUUCUCGAUCGUUUCUUUCCCGCAAUAUUCCUCAUCCUUGUCAUGAUGAACUAGUAAUUACUCCCGCGUGUUGUGCUGUGCUGUGCUGGUACUACUCCUUACUUUCCCGUCCUUAGCUCAGUGUUUAGUCUUAGAGAAGAAGAAGAUGAUGAUGAUUUAGCAUGCAAAUGAGCAGUUGACAAUUUGACAUAAGAUUAAGUCUAAUCCAGUACUACUUGCUGUGACA